GCACUGGGAGCACUGGUUUUCCGUCAGGCGGUGUGCGGGUGCGGCUCCCAGGAUGCGGUGCCGUUCCGCGCUAUCCGGGAGGGAGAGCUCUACUUCCAGGAGGAUCGAGAGGUCAAUCUGGUGGAGUUGGCGUUGGCCACCAACAUUCCCAAGGGAUGCGCCGAGACCACCGUGCGGGUCCACGUUUCCUACCUGGAUGGAAAAGGCAACCUGGAGCCGCAGGGAUCCGUGCCGAGCGCCGUCUCCACGCUGACGGAUGAGCUCCUGAAGUACUACCAACACAUCACCCGCGCCGUCCUGGGCGACGAUCCGCACCUCAUGAAGGUGGCCCUGCAGGAUCUCCAAAGCAAUUCCAAGAUCGCGGCGCUGCUGCCGUACUUCGUCUACGUCGUCAGCGGGGUGAAAUCCGUGAGCCACGACCUGGAGCAGCUGAGCCGAUUGCUCCACAUCGCUCGGAGUCUGAUCCAGAAUCCGUUCCUGUGCCUCGGCUCCUACGUCCGGAGCCUCAUCGGCAGCGUCCUCUACUGCGCCCUGGAGCCCUUGGCCGCUUCCAUCAAUCCCCUCAACGACCAUUGGACGCUCCGGGAUUACGCCGCCAUGUUGCUCAGCCGCAUCUUCUGGACUCACGGUGACGUGGUGAGCGGCCUCUACCAGCAGAUCCUGCUCUCGCUCCAGAAGGUCUUGGCCGAUCCCGUGCGUCCGCUCUGUUCCCACUACGGAGCCGUGGUGGGGCUGCACGCGCUGGGGUGGAAGGCGGUGGAACAGGUCCUCUACCCCCACCUCCCCACCUAUUGGGCGAACCUGCAGGCGGUCUUGGACGAUUAUUCCGUAUCCAACGCUCAGGUCAAGGCUGACGGACACAAAGUCUACGGAGCCAUCCUGGUGGCCGUUGAGCGGCUGUUGAAGAUGAAGGCUCAACAAGCGCCCAUCCCUUCAUCCGGCGCCGCCGCUCCACCUCCGGAGCCUUCCCCACGGCACAGCCCCAACCAGGAUUCCCCAUCGGAAGCGGGAAUCGGCCUGGGCCGCCCUCUGCUCCAGCUCAGUGCCGGCGGUUCCGCUUCCUCUUCCUCCUCUCCGGUUUCUCCGGUCCUUUCCUUACACGCUAUGUACCGCGAGCUCUACGACUUCUUCGGCGACAGUUUAGCCGCACGCUUCGGCACCGCCUUCCCGCCGGCAUCGCUACCUCUUCCCGGCGCUCCGGAGGGAUCCCGUCAAGAGCCGGCGGCGUUCGGCUCCGAAGGCGUCGCCAGGAAGAUGCCGCAGUUGACGGCCAACGCUACGGUGAGCCCGCGCGGGGAGGAGAGCCCUCGCGGCGGCGGCGGCGGCGGUGGCGGCGGUGACGUCGUUCCAUCCGGCCGUGCCGUACUCCAUCGUCCGAGCGGCGUGGCGCGUCCGCGCGGGAUUCCGCGGCAGUGCGGUCACCGUCCCGGAACGCGCGAGGUCUUCCAGAAGUGCCGCUUUACGGCGCGCGGCGUUCCCGGGUUCAGUUUCGUCAUCGCCGGGCGGCAAAGCGGACGGCGGUGCCAAGGGCGGCUUUUCCAAACCAAUUUCCCGCAACACCACGGCUCCGGAUACGUUUCCCGGUACGUCCAGAAGUUGCCGAUGAUCGGAAGAAGCGCUCGGCCGGCGCGGAGGUGGCCGCGGGCGGAGUAUUCGCUUCAUCUUCUGCUGUGAGGUUGGGUGUUCCGAUGGUUCCGUGGAGGAGGAGGAGGAGGAUGGCGGCGGCGGAGCGGCUGUUGGGGAUCCGGCGUGGGCGGAGCGCGGAUAAAUAAAGGGAUCGGAGAGGAGCGGCCGAGGAUUCGGGGGAGAGGAGGGAGGGAUGGGAUGGAGGGGAUGGAUUGGAUGGAAGGAUGGAGGAAUGGAUGGAUGGAAGGA